CUCUUCUCACACCUCUCCCUCUCCCCACCAUUUAAUCUCUUAAUCUACUCACAAUUUUUUUGAUUCCUCCAUAAACAAACCCAAUUACACAAGAUUAAACAAUUAUUAGAAAAAAUAUCUUCUUUCUUUUUCUUUUCUGUGAAAUGAUACAUCAAAGAUAAAAGGACAAAGGAAGAAAAAAAGCCUGUCCUCUCUCACCUGUAAGGCUGGUAAUUACCCGAAGAAGCAAGAACAACAACAUUACACACUUCCUCUCUUUCUCUUAAAAACGGUUACUUUCCUUCUUUUGUUCUUUUAAAAACUGCUACUUUGAGAGGAUUUUAGAAAGAAAACAGAGAGCUUGCAUCUGGCAAAACCCAGAUGGAAUUCGGAUCUUUUCUUGUGUCCUUAGGGACAUCCGCGGCUAUCUUCGUCGUUCUCAUGCUUCUCUUCACUUGGCUUUCUCGAAAACCCGGUAAUGUUACGAUUUACUACCCGAAUCGGAUCAUUAAAGGGUUGGAACCUUGGGAAGGCACCUCCUUGACUCGAAACCCUUUGGCUUGGAUGCGUGAAGCUUUCACUUCUUCUGAACAAGAUAUUGUUAACGUUUCCGGUGUCGACACUGCCGUCCACUUUGUCUUCUUGAGCACUGCUCUUGGGAUAUUUGCUUGUUCCGGUCUUCUUCUCUUACCGACUCUACUACCUAUAGCCGCAACAGACCACAAUUUAAAGACCCGUUCAAAGAACGCCACAGAUACCACAAGCAAAGGAACAUUUAGCCAAAUUGAUAAUCUAUCAAUGGCUAACAUCACAAAAAAAAGUCCGAGGCUUUGGGCGUUCCUAGGAGCUGUUUACUGGAUAUCUUUGGUCACUUAUUUCUUCUUGUGGAAAGCUUAUAAGCAUGUCUCUACAUUAAGAGCUCAAGCUCUCAUGUCCACUGAUGUAAAACCCGAGCAGUUCGCUAUUCUUGUUAGGGAUAUGCCUCAUCCGCCUGACGGACAGACACAGAAAGAGUUCAUUGACUCUUAUUUCAGAGAAAUAUACCCUGAGACAUUCUACAGAUCCCUUGUCGUAACAGAAAACAGCAAGGUUAAUAAGAUAUGGGAAAAGUUGGAAGGGUACAAGAAGAAACUUGCGCGUGCAGAAGCGAUAAAUGAAGCCACUAAUAACCGACCCACGAAUAAAACCGGCAUGUGUGGACUAGUUGGUAAACAAGUAGACAGCAUUGAGUAUUACACCGAGCUAAUCAACGAGUCUGUAGCCAAGCUAGAAACAGAGCAGAAAGCUGUUCUUGCUGAAAAGCAGCAAACUGCAGCAAUUGUUUUCUUCAACAAUAGGAUUACUGCUGCAUCAGCCGCUCAGUCUUUGCAUUUGUUGCAGUCACCAUUCUGUUUUACAUGAUCCCAAUUGCGUUCGUCUCUGCUAUCACCACUCUUAAGAAUCUUCAGAAGAUUAUUCCAUUCAUAAAGCCAAUUGUGGAGUUAACCUCCGUAAGAACUGUUUUGGAGUCUUUCCUUCCUCAGAUUGCUCUCCUCGUUUUCUUGGCGAUGUUGCCUAAGCUUCUCUUGUUUCUUUCCAAAGCUGAGGGGAUUCCUUCGCAGAGCCAUGCCAUUAGGGCUGCUUCGGGGAAGUACUUUUACUUCUCGGUCUUUAAUGUCUUCAUCGGAGUUACCCUUGCUGGUACUUUGUUUAACACAGUGAAGGAUAUCGCGAAAAAUCCCAAACUCGACAUGGUCAUUAACCUUUUGGCUACUAGCCUCCCUAAGAGUGCGACUUUCUUCUUGACCUAUGUUGCUCUCAAGUUCUUUAUCGGUUAUGGCCUUGAGCUGUCUCGGAUCAUACCUUUGAUAAUCUUCCAUUUGAAAAAGAAGUUUCUCUGCAAAACUGAAGCAGAGGUGAAAGAAGCUUGGUACCCGGGAGACUUGAGCUAUGCGACUAGGGUUCCAGGAGACUUGCUCAUCCUCACAAUCACGUUCUGCUAUUCCGUUAUUGCUCCUCUUAUCCUCGUAUUCGGCGUCACCUACUUCGGUUUAGGCUGGCUCGUCCUUAGGAAUCAGGCGUUGAAAGUGUACGUCCCAUCAUAUGAGAGCUAUGGAAGAAUGUGGCCGCAUAUUCACCAGCGCAUACUAGCAGCUUUGUUUCUAUUCCAAGUAGUUAUGUUUGGUUACUUAGGAGCCAAGACAUUCUUCUACACGGCCCUCGUGAUCCCUCUGAUCAUCAUCUCUCUCAUCUUCGGUUACGUGUGCCGCCAGAAGUUUUACGGAGGGUUCGAACACACAGCUCUUGAGGUGGCUUGCCGUGAGCUGAAGCAGAGUCCAGACCUGGAGGAGAUUUUCAGAGCAUACAUUCCUCAUAGCUUGAGCACUCACAAACCAGACGAACACGAGUUCAAAGGCGCAAUGUCUCGUUAUCAAGACUUCAAUGCAAUAUCAGCCGCUUAAAAAAUUUGAAGAGGCAACCCCAAAUUAUCUCAUAGAUUUGAUUUGUUGUUGGUUUUUUCUAGAAGCUCUUUAUUGUUGUUGUGUGUGUGAAUUUUAGGGUUUGCUUAGGAUUCUUCUUUGUAUGUGUUCUUGGGUUGUUGUAACAUGUAACUUUGUAAGCUACUUUUAAACAUCAACUUGAUUUUCAUCAUCAUGAUCA